AUGGAAGUUUCUUCGGCUUCAAAUCUUUGCUUACACUCUCUGAUACUGGUAUUGGAAGCUGCUUGGAGGAGUUUCAGGACCUCAACUGCAGCAGUGUUUCUGCGGAAUUUUGGGAUGGAAUGCUCUCUGUCAAAACUACCGAACCCUUACUCGGCUGCCUUCCAGUCCCAAGAACGUGGGACUGAAGUAUGUCUGUCCAUUUCAGAGAGCAUUGAUGUUUUAGUGUCUGAGAUCAAUCACUUCUUUCAAAAGAUGCUGAUCUUAAAUGUCCCAAAUAUUGCAAUCGAACUGGUGAUUGAACGUGAAGACAUUCCUGGAUCACGAUAUGAAAAUGUCUUUCUAGCAAAUAGAAGCAAUCCUGGACCCCUUUCAACCUCAAAUGUUGAAUGCCUAAAGUCAGGCCUCAAAGACUAUGUUUUAAAGCAUGGGAAUUCUUUAACCCAAAAGUGCAAUACAUGCUUUGCAACUUCUAAGCAUCUUAAGGUUGGGACUGGAAUGGCAUGCAGCACAGAAAGCCAUAAGAGCUCUGGACUCAUGAUGGAAGUGGUGAUUAUAAUAACGCUGAAUGUGUUGUCUACCAUUGAAUGGCAAAAUUAUGGACUGACUUUGGGGAAAAUUGUGGAUCAAGGUGAAUGUGUACUAGAGUGGGAACACUCCACGUUACCAUUGGGAAGGCAUAAAACUCAACUUGAGCAACAUCUUAUAAAAAAAGCAGUUAAAGCUGCAUUGAAUAAUUUGAAGGAGAAACAUCCAGGAAUUCUUCUAAGUGCACAUGCUGUCAAGAUUUGCAGUCAUGCCCCUGGCCUUGCAAGAUCUCUUGCCAGCCUCAUCUUGUCAUCUAAUGAUCCAGACUUCCAAGGAGAAUGCUUCUCUCUUCUUGGUUUGCAGUCAAGAGAAAUCAGAGGGGAUACUGUUGAAGAUUGUAUUCAGGCGAAGAUCAUUUCUGUUAUAGAGAUGAAUGACAGGAAGUCUGGGCAACGCAAAACAGUGGUGCCUUUUCUUUUUGAAGAUGACUGCCACCAGGAUUCAAACUAUCAAGACAAAGAAUACGAAGAAGGUGAGGAUGAAUUUAGUUACUGGGACUAG